UAAAAGUUGAUGAAGAGGAAGAGAUUGUACGCCUUGUGUGUGAAAAUUUCGCGCCGAUACCUUUUCAUUUACAAUAGGGAACUGUGAAAAACUCUAGCACAUUAAAACUUUUAUAUUUUCACAGGAAAUUAGUACAAAUUUGUAGUCUUAAUGCUUUUAAAUAAAAGAAACUAAGUGUAUAUAUAAAGGGCAACAAAAAGAGGAAGUGUGUAUUGGCUUGUUCUGCUACCACAAGCGUAGCGUCGAAAACGACGAGACAGUGAAGCAGCAGAAAAUUAACAAAUUGUGAUUCAACACGCCGUGCUCAUAUUACAAAAGGCGGUGGUGGUUAUUCGGUAAAUAUUUCAAUAAACAAAUAAUGGCUCCGGCGAAAAAACGCGAAAAAGAUAAUGCAUUAGCAGCGCCGGCUUCUCUAAGUAAUGGUGCUAACGGAAGUGUUAACUCUGGUAAUGGGGGUGGAGUAUCUUCGGCAACAGCUGCUGCUGCAUCUGCAGUCACAGCAAGUACUGCAACUACAAGCGUUGAUAAUGCGAAGCUCAAUGGGCAUCAGCAAGAGCAGGAACUUUUUCUACAAGCUUUUGAAAAACCUACCCAGAUAUAUAGGUUUUUACGCAAUCGUCAUGGCACCAGUCCUAUAUUUUUAAAUCGAACACUUAGUUAUAUGAAGGACCGCAUGUCGCGAAACAAUAAAAAACGCGCAACAUUCAAAGUUAAUUCAAUAUUGCAGCAAAUAACACAAAAAACAGAGAUAGACUCAAAUAAAUAUUUGAACAUCAUUUACAAUGGGUUGUUUGAUAAAAGUAGUUGCAGCGAUCAAUGGUGGAAUGCGGGAGAGUCAGUUAGUGUCGAAGCUACUCUUUACAAGAUAACAAAAAACAAGCGAAAAGAUAGCACCUCAGACUUUCAGGAAAUUAUGAGUUACAGUUCAGAUGUUGUUUACAAUCCAGAUGAUGAUAUUAGUCCCUUCUCAACUAUCAGCAUUCCGGUACAAUCAAUGCGUCCUCUGGGCGAUCAACAUACGAUAUAUAAACUAUUGUUUCGUAUUAAAGUCUUACCAAAAUGUGAUAGCAAGACAAUUGAUGAAAACAGUGAGAAUGGCGAAACACCUUGCAAACGCGGAAAAAUGAGUACGAAAAUCUAUGGCUGCGAGUUGAUAGUAUUUGAGAAGAAUAUAUGCUUUAUACCUGAGGGUGAUUACGAAGCGGCGAUGCAGGAGCUCAAUUCGAUGAGCAUUAAAUCUUUCUCUCCAAAAAAACGAACAUGGGAGACAUUGCCAGACAAUUACAUUCCACUGUCGUUGAAAUUCGACGUUUUCAAUCAAUUUCCCACGCUUAAGUUUCGUCUAACCUGGUCGACCAAUGAAGUGCCUGCCAAUAUUGAUGCAAAGGAUCUUAACCUUUACGGCGACUUUGCUGGUAUAAAAAGUGAGGCAAAUGAUAAAAUGCAAAGCAUAACAAAUGGCGUCGAAAUUCCAUUGAAUGGCAAUGUCAAUCAAAAUACAAAUAUAGGCGCGCAUGUAAAUCAUAAUAAUAAUUGUGUUAAAACCAACGGCGGCAAUAAUGGCAAAAGUGGUAUUGUGUCCGUAUGCGCAAAAGUGGAAAAAAUACAAAUAGUUUAUAAUUUUUUAUAUAGCAACAAUACACGACAACAGACGGAGUACACACAGGAGGUAAUAUGUCCAUGGUGUGGUCUGGAUUGCUUGCGUUUGUAUGCGUUGCUUAAACAUUUGAAAUUGUGCCAUGCGCGCUUCAAUUUCACAUAUCAACCGGCAGGAAAUGGCGCACGUAUUGACGUGACCAUAAACGAUUCUUAUGAUGGUUCGUAUGCGGGUUCCCCAUAUGAUUUGGCUGGUCCGUCAGGUUGUUCCUUUGCGCGUACGUGUGGCCCAGUGCGUCGUACAACUGUGACAAAUUUAUUAGUCUGCCGUCCGCGUAGACAGAAAACCUGUCUGGACGAGUUUCUAGUGUUGGAUGAGGACGAUUUAAGCAAUCAGCGUCCUUACAUUACAGGUCAUAAUAGACUAUACCACCACACGGAGACCUGUUUGCCUGUACAUCCCAAGGAGCUUGAUAUCGAUUCAGAGGGUGAAAGUGACCCGCUAUGGUUACGGCAGAAAACUAUACAAAUGAUUGAUGAAUUCUCUGAUGUAAAUGAGGGCGAAAAAGAGUUGAUGAAACUUUGGAAUUUACAUGUAAUGAAGCAUGGUUAUGUUGGCGACUGUCAAUUACCACUAGCCUGCGAAAUGUUCUUAGACUCGAAUGGCUAUGAGAUUAUACGUAAAAAUCUUUAUCGAAAUUUCAUCUUACAUAUGUGUUCACUAUUUGAUUAUGGGCUUGUUUCACCGGAGACUGUUUAUAAAACUGUACAGAAGCUACAGGGUAUGUUAAGUAAAUAUCCCGAGGGUCAAGAGUUGAUGUCCAAACAACGUGAAGCACAAUUGAAAUAUUGGCUUGAUGUGGGCAUAUAUAAACAAGAUGAGCAGAAGCUUAAAUCACCACAAAAGCAAGCUCCGAAACCCACGAAUAUUUCUGAAGUGUUAGGCACAGCUGGUGAUGAUGUCUGUGGUUCAAGCAGCGUCAGUAAAAGUUCAGAAAAUAAACCAAUGCAACCACCAACAAAGCGUUCAGCUACAGCUGUUAAACGUGCCAGUCUGCAUCUACAAAACUGUCUAAACGGUAGCGGCAACAACACAUCCGAUAAAUUGAUAAAUGGUGGCGGUAGCAAAGGUGUUGCUAAAAAGACUGCAUCUCAAGCGGUUGACGAUCAAGAGCCUCCCGUCAAUACCAGCGCAAAUAGUGGCAGUACUAAGGUGUCAAGCGAUAGACGUGAGCGGCGUGGUGAGGUUAGCAGCAGUAGUAGGCGAAGUAGCACAGCGUCAACGACAGUGACGUCAACCACAAAUGAGCGCGAUGUAAAUAAUGAGCGAAAAGAUGCGCCCCAAAAUACAGAGCGUCCACAGCGUGGUGGUGGCGUACUAACAAAUAGUGCCACAAAUGCCGAAUCGCGUGCCCAAACGAGUAAAAGACGAUUGUCGGUUAAAGUUAUUGAAGAUGUGGAAGGAGGCGGCGAUGGCGGUGAAUGUGGAUGUGUUGGCGCUGAUAGUAAUAGUGAAGCGUUGGAAGCAAGUUAUAAUGCUAGUGAUGUCUGUAAUGGUGCUACUGUUAGCAACAUACCGCAAACUAUCUUACAAAGUGAAUUGACACAAAUACCUGUUAAUGAUGAUCAUGAUGAUGAUAUUGGUGAUGAUGAUAAUGAUGAUGAGGUUGCUGACGAUGCAAGUCACUUAAGUGCUGAACGUGAUGUUCGUGCUGUUGAUGUCGGUGUUGAUAUUGAUGUUGAUGUUGAUGCUGGUAAUGAUAUUGACGAUGACCUUGAUGCCGAACUGCGUGCUGAUGUGACAACCGCGUCCACUAUAACCUCGGACGCUACAGUAGCCACAACUACUGAAGCGGAUAAUGCUCUAAUGGAAAAUGUAUUGGACAAUGCAUUAACUAUUUAAAUAUAACUAAGUUGCUAUACACCUACACUCAAAUCUCACUAAAGUAGUGAAGCAGUACUUACAUAAAGCAUAUAAGUGCAAUUGGUAUUGUUUUAGCAUAAAAUGUCUAGUGGAAAUUUAGAAUUAGAUUUAGCAAAUGCUAACAUAUAUGUUUACUAGUAUUUUAAGUUAGUGCGAUGUAUACGGCGGUUAAACUUGAGCAAAUUUGCUAAAUGCAUUGAAAAAUAUGUUUAAAUGUUUGUUGCAUACUUUCAGGCCAAUAUGGACUCGGAUUUGUUCAGAUCUAUUUCUAUUGUAAAAAGUGCAGUGUUAAUUGUUUGUAUGUAUGCUUUUUGCAAUUAGAGAUCCUAUACUGAAGAUUUUGGCUUGAGCUUGGCAACUCAGAGGCUACUAUCUUUUCAAGAGACAUUUUAUAUACACUUUCGUUUUGAUAUCUAUACCUAGAGCCUACAAAGCAAUAGACAAACUUAUGAUAACAGUAUACAGUAUAUAAAUCUAAAAUGCAAAAUGUGUUUUGUUAAAUGGAUUAGGGCAGUUUAGAGCGCUAAAAAAGCCAAAACUUUUACAAUCUAUUCUGGGAGUAAAGAAAAAGAAAUCGACUCUCAUUUAAAAAUGUUUAUAUUAAUGUUUUGGUAAAAAAUAGCGGCUACUGAGCAAAUUUUCGUAAACGCAGUAAUUUUAGAAACUCUGCUAACUGAAACAAAAUAAAACAAUAAAAAUUGUUAACUUCGACUGCACCGAAGCUGUAAUACCCUUCACAGGCGCAUAUAAGGAUAUAUAAAGAUCUUUAUCUUUAUCUUGAUUUUGACCGUUCAGUUUGUAUGGCAGCUAUAUGCUAUAUUCUGACUUUCUACCUUUGUUUGAAGACUGCAGUCUUGCCUUGAACAAUAAUGCAUGCCAAAAAGUUUUCCAUACAAGAACUUGAUUUUGAUCGUUCUGUUUGCAUGGCAAUUCUACGAUAUAAUAAUGUGUUUCGGAUCCGAAAGUGCUCUUUAAGCUCAAAAAUUUUUAUUUUUUAUUUUUAAUCCUAGACUGGCCUAAAAGAGUGUUUCAGCUGCGGUAGUAAAGCGAAUUCUUAUUAAUUUGUAGUUCGGCCGAGUAAUGUAAUUUUGUCUUUGAUAGUAAAAAAAUAGAUUUUUUACUGUGCUGAUUCAUUAAGGCUCAGACAGACUUCAUUGAUUAUAUAUAUAUUAUUCUCCCAAUAAUAUUUAGGGAAUCCUAAACUUAUACUGCACUAAUAUCCACAUACAAGUGUACUGCCGAAUAAUUUAAAGGUUAAAUCAAACUGCAUAAAUAUAAAAUGAUCUAAUGGCCUUAAGUUUAAGAGACUUUUAAGUAAGCUCACUAUCCUGCCUUGGCAGCAUUUAAGUUUUUCACAUUCAUAUGUUUUUGUUUUCUUAAUUUAUCUGUGAAUGGUGAAUAAAUAGCUACCGUGGAUUUAAAGGGGUACACCUAAUGUGACAGCCUAAAAAAAUGCGAUUUUUGGGAAUUUUAAAAAUACACAGUAAAUUUUUUGAAGAAAAAAUAUUAUUUUAAUUAUUAUAUUAUAUUUUUCGAGUUACACGCGAUCUCGGAUGGCGCUAAAAACAGGUCUUCCAAUGCUACAGUGAUUUUGGCCUUCUGCCUGGAUGAAACCUACAGAAAUCUCUUUAGUAGAUAUUGUCCAUAUAAUGAUCUACGAUUGAUAAAAAUUAAAACUUCUCAAUAAAAUGGCCUUUCAAAUUGAGUACUGAUCGGAUCUUUUAACUUCGAUUAAUCAUUCUAGCGAAUUCGAAAAAUGCUGUUUCGAGAAAAACGCGUUUAGAAAUAAACUGAUAGAGCUGAUUGAACUGAGCGGUUACACUUUAGAAGCCUGUAACUCCAAAAUUUUUUGAAAUAUUCAUUUAAAAUUUUAGUUUGGUAUUUUUAAAGAUCUAUCGAAAUAUGUCAGAAAUAAAGAAAAACUAUUUUUUCAAAAUUUUAUACUAGGUGCCCGCUUGUACAUUAUACGAUGUAUACAGCACUUCGAAACUAAGAGUUUGCUUUGUCUUUACAACUUCUGGGAAGACUUUAUGGUAUUCGGUUUUCUGCCUCUAGUAUGUAAACUCACUAUUAGUGGCAUUUGCCACUAGGGAUGAUCUGGGUUUUGGUACAAAAUUUUCGACUAACAUCAAAAAUUAAAAACACUUAAAUUUUUCCAGACUAUUUAUUUUUUUCGAUUACUGGAGGGAUGUUUAGCUUUUGAAAGUAACUCAUUAUGCACCUCAAAUUAAUUUUUUUGUUUUAGGAAAUGUGUAUGAUUUGACCAAAUACCAAAUGCGGCUUCAUUGUAAAUAAUAAUAAUUAAAUUAUGGUGGCUAGGGGAGUUCAGAAGUAUGGGCAUUGUUUCAUGACUUUCAAAAUCGUUUAGAAUACCAAUAUAAUAUUUGAUCACAUGAUAGUCGCGUUUACGUUCCAUUUUUCAGUAUGGCUUUACUAAAGUAUUGUGCAAUAUUACUCAGUGCUGCUACAAGAACUACAACAAAGCCAUUCACAGAUUUGUUAUGAUUUUUGAAUAAAACAACCUCCAUGAAAGUAAGUUUUGAAGAUAACACAUCAGGUUUUCGUUUAAUACUUAGUUUUUGGUCUAUUAAUAUCUAUAUUUUUAUUCGUAUCUACAUACUUUUAAAACGAAAAGUUGACAACUAUCAGUCUUAAGAAAGCAAUAUAUAUAAUAAUAAAUUGCAUUUUUAGGUAAAUAA